GACUUUACUCCUAAACCUCAACUCAAGACAACUUCCUGACCGGUGUCUUGUGUUUAAAAAACAAGAUUGGAUUUAAUCUGGUCGAGUGACACCCAGAUAACUUUUUUUUUUAAUUAAGGAUUUUUUUUUUCUUCUGAAAAACAAAACAACACUUUUUAAUAAUAUGGGAAAAGAAAAUUUGAGCUUUUUGACUGUAUGGAUAUUUUUGGGAAAAAUCUUGGCAACUUUUUCUUCUGACCCUGAACUCACCACAACUGCUGAUUUUGUAAACAGCACAGUCACUGCUACUCCGCUGUUCACCACCACCGAAUGGAUCACAGACUACAGUGACAUCCAGUCCAAGUUCUCCCUGCGCACUGCAGACAUCCCAGAUGAAGACAUGUGCUACAUUGUGGCUGGCCAGCCUGAAACCAUCGAAGAAUGUGAAUUCAACUCAGAAACACAGACCUUCAUUCUGAUACACGGCUGGACGGUAACAGGGAUGUUCGAGAGCUGGGUUCCCAAGCUGGUGUCUGCUCUCUACGGUCGUGAGCCCACUGCCAACGUGAUCGUGGUGGACUGGCUGACCCGUGCCAGCCAGCACUACCCCACCUCUGCAGCCUACACCAAACUAGUGGGCCGUGACAUCGCCAAGUUUGUCAACUGGAUACAAAAAGAGCUGCAGCUGCCAUGGGAGAGGAUUCAUCUGCUGGGUUACAGUUUGGGAGCACAUGCGGCUGGAGUUGCAGGAGACCUCACCGACCAUAAAAUCAGCAGGAUUACAGGUCUGGAUCCGGCUGGUCCUACCUUCGAGCACGCAGACAACCAAAACACCCUGUCCCGAGACGACGCCCAGUUUGUGGACGUCCUGCACACCAACACCAGGGGCUCCCCAGAUCGCAGCAUCGGUAUCCAAAGAUCUGUGGGCCACAUCGACAUUUACCCCAAUGGAGGAACUUUCCAGCCGGGCUGUGACAUCCAGAAUACCCUACUGGGAAUUGCAUCUGCAGGCCUAAAGGGCCUCCAAAAUAUGGACCAGCUUGUAAAAUGUUCCCACGAGCGCUCCAUCCACCUGUUCAUCGACUCCCUGCUCAACACGCAGCAGCAGAGCAUGGCUUACCGAUGCACCUCCAAAGAGGCCUUUAACAAGGGACUGUGUCUGAGCUGCAGGAAGAACCGCUGCAACAAACUCGGAUACAACAUCAACAAGGUCCGCAUGACCCGCAGCCCCAAGAUGUACCUCAAGACACGUGGUAUGAUGCCCUACAAAGUUUUUCACUAUCAGGUGAAGGCGCAUUUCUUCAGCGAGGACCCACUGAGCUUCACAGAGCAGCCAAUGAAGAUUUCUCUUUUUGGAACCCAUGGAGAGAAGGAGGACAUUCCCUUCGUCCUGCCGGUCUUGAACAGUAACACCACUUUGUCCUUCCUCAUCACCACUGAUGUGGACAUUGGAGAACUAAUGAUCGUGAAGCUCCGCUGGGAGAAAGACGCUAUCUUAAGCUGGACAGACUUUUGGAGUAGCAGCCAGUUCCACCUCCGGAAACUGCGCAUCAAAUCUGGGGAGUACCAGUCCAAGGUGAUCUUCAGUGCAAAGGAGGAAGAGUUUGCCUACCUCGUCAGAGGAGGAGACGGUGGAAUCUUUGUUAAGUCAAAGGAGGACAUACAGAGCCGUAAAGAGAAACAGAUGCACAAACUGAAAAUGCAAGGCAGCUCAUUUGGGCAGAACGAGCCUUGAAAAUUGCACCGUAAACACCCACCUUCCCAUCGUGCACAUCAUUCAUCUCUACAUUCAUAAGCCAAAGAUUGAGAGCACACAGAAACACUGAGAACAUCUUUGCAAGUAGCUGGACUUUUACAGAAUGCUUCUGAUUUUCUUUUUCUGCUGUGCCAAAUCACUUCAGCUCCCAGUGCUUCCAGCACAACCUCAUCCACAGAGCUGGAAACCAGUUGGCGAAGCAGCUCUCUCCUCUCUCUCUCUCUCUUUAAAAACUGUGUUGCUGAUAAAAGUUACUGGUGUUCUUUGUCCUUAUGUGCUCAAAUAUGACAAAACUUUACUAUUCUUUCCUGCAUAUCUUUGUAAUCAUAUGUGUAUGCUUUUGUAGACCAUGUACUGUUCAUAGUGAUUUUGAUGUACUUUGUGUGGGUGUGUUCUAUUUGCCUAUGUGAACUUGGAUUAUUGGUCAUGUAUAAAUGAUUCAGAGUGAAAGGCACAAUUUAGGCACAUCCUAUUGUUUUUCCUUUUAUCUUUUAAAUGUACACAAUGAUCGUUCAUCCUUCAUUUUUGUCAUUACCUAACUACUAAUAGUCAAUAAUCAACAGGGACCAAAGAAGUAUUUACUAUGUACUGAACACAGAAUAACAGCAGUCUUUGUAAAUACCUAUUUCAAUCAGUAUUAUAUACAUAUAUAUAUAUUUUUAUUUGAAUAUGAGUUGUUAAUAUUGGAUCUCUUGAAGCCUUGCUUCUUCUUUGAUUUUGUUUUGGUUAUUGUGUCACUGGUCACUUUAGAAGUCUCUCUGUCCCUUGAAGACAUUCAGAUGUUGAGGUCAAUAAGAUUGGGAUAAAUAAGCAUGUCAUAGUUUUGGUCUUUUCUUUUGAGAAAAUGAACUUUGGUCACUUUUUAAAGUCCAGUUAUAUCUAGGUGCUCCCUUUUCACUUCUUAAUUGGGUCAACAGUGUCUUCCUUGCAAACAGUUUACAUCACAGACUCAGACAACAACAUGCCCUUAUUUUGAAAGGUCACACAUUGUUGAAUAACUCUGGGUAAACUUGCAGGUGAUUUGUGCUGAACUGGCCUACAUGAUAGCCAUAUUACAGCUCAAGAAUACUUCUCAUUGUAUUUAUUAAAUGUACAUUUAUAUAUUUGUGUAUUAAGCUGUAAUAUAUAUCUCUGCAGGCUUCCGUUUUUAUCUGUAUUUUCUUUUUUUAUAAAUGAUGCAUUUUGUGAUUUUAUGCACAAGGCUUUGGAAGGAUCAAUCAAAUUUGUCUCCUGGCCAGCUGUUAAGUGCAUUUACUUUUAUUAACUGAAAUGCAGUGCACUGUUUAAAUGAAGAGCCCAAGAUUUAAUAAAGAGAUAAUGCACAUAUUUCUAUAAA